AUGGAUGCCUGCACAGAAUGUCCAGAAGAUCAAUAUUCAAACUUCCACCAGAACCAAUGCAUUCCCAAAGUUAUAACCUACCUUUCAUACGAGGAACCUUUAGGAAUGACUUUAGCUUUGUCUGCUCUUGCUCUUGCUCUGAUCACAGCUUUGGUGAUAAUAAUAUUUGUGAAGCACCAGAACACACCCAUCGUCAAAGCCAACAACCGAAGUGUCACCUACAUUCUUCUCAUAUCCCUCCUUCUGUGUUUCCUCUGCUGCUUGCUUUUUAUUGGAAAACCUGGACAGCUAAUUUGCUUACUCCGACAAACAACUUUUGGCAUCAUAUUUUCUCUUGCUCUUUCCAGCUUGUUAGCUAAAACCAUCACUGUGGUCCUGGCAUUUAUGGCUACUAGACCAGGAUCUAGAAUGAGAAAAUGGAUGGGGAAAAAGCUGACAAACUCUAUCAUGGUUUCAGGCUCCUUUAUUCAAGCAGGAAUUUGUACCCUUUGGUUGAGUAUUUCUCCCCCAUACGCAGAUACAGACAUGUACUCCGUCAAUGGGGAAAUCAUAGCAGAGUGUAAUGAAGGCUCAACUGUCAUGUUUUAUAGUGUCUUGGGCUAUAUGUGCUUCCUGGCCCUUGUCAGCUUCAUGGUGGCAUACCUUGCUAGGAGGUUGCCAGACACUUUCAAUGAAGCCAAAUUUAUCACUUUCAGCAUGAUGGUGUUCUGCAGUGUUUGGUUGUCCUUUGUUCCUGCCUACCUGAGCACCAAAGGAAAAUACAUGGUGGCUGUGGAGAUCUUCUCUAUCUUAUCCUCCAGUGCUGGGUUACUGGUUUGCAUCUUUUCCCCUAAAUGCUAUAUUCUUUUGUUCAGGGCUGACUUGAAUAACAGGGAGCAACUGAAAUCAGGAAAAGACUAA